AUGCUCAAGACGAUGAUCCUGAUGACGCUGCUCAGUGUCUUUGCGGCCGCUGCCCCGGACGUUGAUACGACCAAGAACGAAGCCGCACCCGGUGGCCUUCCGGACCCGAACGGCGAGUUUGAGCUGUGCCGCAACGUGUGCACGACGGGGGUCCACGGACGUGUCUGCCACUGGCGCUGCUAUUAA